AUAUAUAUAUAUAUAUCAAAAAAAUAUCUGUGCGUGGAGAAAUUGCAGUUCUUCUUCGUCCUUUACUAGCCGGGCAGUUUGUUUGUAAAACCCUAGCUCUCUCUCUCUCUCUCUCGCUGUCCGGACGGUGUUGCUGAUUCGGAGCUACGAGACCUUAUGGCGGCGUCGCUUGGAGCUGCUAACACCGUGGUGCCGAGCGAUCCCAAGCUCAGGAUUCACAGUUUCAACGGGCUGAAGGCCUCGGGUUCGGUCGCUCUUGGCCGGCAGCUGAAUGUCCUGUCGGUCCCCUCUGCUUCCGGGAAGUCGGUCGUCCGGGCUGUGUCCACGCCAAUAAAGCCUGAGACUGCAGCUGAGCCGAAGCGGAGCAAGGUUGAGAUAAUUAAGGAACAUAGCAAUUUCAUAAGAUACCCUCUCAAUGAGGAGUUGUUGACGGAUGCCCCCAACAUAAAUGAGUCUGCUACCCAGAUUAUUAAAUUUCACGGGAGCUAUCAGCAGUACAACAGAGAUGAGCGUGGCGCAAAGAGCUACUCGUUCAUGAUUCGUACGAAGAAUCCCUUUGGGAAUGUCCCCAAUCAGCUCUAUCUUGUCAUGGAUGAUCUUGCAGACCAGUUUGGAAGCGGAACACUUCGCUUGACUACCAGGCAAACGUUUCAGCUCCAUGGCAUCUUGAAGCAGAACCUCAAGACUGUGAUGAGCACCAUAAUAAAAAACAUGGGUUCGACCCUUGGUGCAUGUGGUGAUCUCAAUCGCAAUGUUCUUGCUCCCGCCGCACCCUACACAACUAAGGAAUACGUGUUUGCUCAGCAGACUGCAGAGAAUGUUGCUGCUCUUCUCACUCCCCAGUCAGGUUUCUACUUCGACAUGUGGGUGAAUGGAGAGAAAGUCGGGCUGGAAGAUCCCCCGGAGGUGGUGAAGGCUCGUAAUGACAAUUCCCAUGGAACAAACUUCCCUGAUUCUCCUGAGCCAAUAUACGGGACUCAAUUCUUGCCAAGGAAAUUCAAAAUUGCUGUCACUGUGCCGACAGAUAACUCAGUAGAUAUCUUCACUAAUGACAUUGGCGUUGUUGUCAUCUCAGAUGACAAUGGAGAGCCUCAAGGCUUCAACUUAUACGUUGGUGGUGGUAUGGGAAGAACACAUAGGCAGGAGACUACUUUCCCUCGUCUUUCAACACCCUUGGGAUAUGUACCAAAAGAGGAUAUCUUGUACGCAAUUAAGGCUAUCGUUGUUACCCAGAGAGAUAAUGGGAGAAGAGAUGAUCGUAAGUAUAGCAGAAUGAAAUACUUGGUUGACUCCUGGGGAAUCGAGAAGUUUAGAAGCGUGGUUGAACAGUUCUAUGGAAAGAAGUUUGAGCCAAUACGUGACUUGCCAGAAUGGGAAUUCAAAAGCUAUCUGGGAUGGCAAAAGCAGGGUGAUAGUGGUUGGUUUUAUGGGCUUCAUGUUGAUAAUGGCCGUAUUGGAGGGAAGAUGAAGAAGACAUUGAGGGAGGUUAUUGAGAAGUAUAAUCUCAAUGUGCGUCUAACACCGAACCAGAACCUCAUCCUGUGUGAUAUACGCAGUGCAUGGAAGCGUCCAAUCACCAAGGCUCUUGCUCAGGGUGGUCUUCUGGAACCUAAAUAUGUGGACUCCCUCAAUUUAACUGCCAUGGCUUGCCCAGCAUUGCCUUUAUGCCCACUCGCAAUAACUGAGGCUGAACGGGGAAUACCUGAUAUUCUCAAGAGGGUCCGAGCUGUAUUCGAGAAGGUUGGUCUUAAGUACAAUGAGUCUGUAGUAAUUAGAGUGACUGGUUGCCCUAAUGGCUGUGCCCGACCUUACAUGGCUGAACUCGGACUUGUUGGUGAUGGUCCCAACAGCUAUCAGAUUUGGCUUGGUGGAACCCCCAACCAAACGACUUUGGCCAGAACAUUUAUGAACAAGGUUAAGGUUCAGGAGCUCGAAAAAGUUUUUGAGCCUCUUUUCUAUUACUGGAAACGAAAGAGACAAGCGAAAGAAUCAUUCGGCGAUUUCACAAACCGCAUGGGAUUCGAGAAACUUCAGGAUUGGGUUGACAAAUGGGAUGGAGUAGUGAAGAUGCCAGCACGAUACAAUCUCAAGCUUUUUGCUGAUAAGGGGACUUACGAGGCAAUGGAGGAGCUUGCACUUCUGCAGAACAAGAGUGCUCAUCAACUGGCCAUUGAGGUUGUCCGCAACUUUGUUGCCUCUCAACAGAAUGGGAAGAGUGAAUGAGCAAAUGAAGAAGAUUCCAGCGAGUUGUAGUUCUCUAAGAUGCAGGCUGCUGCUCGGAGUCAAAGGUUAAAUAAAAGGAUGACCCGGCACUUCUAGCUGUUACUGCAUGGUAACAGCUAACCUUCGACUAGAUUUGAAAUUUUGGUUCUUCAUCCACGAAAUUGGUGUAAUUGUUUUGCUUGCGUUUUGAUUUUUCUGAGCUAAACAAUUUAUCUGGUCGUUCUAUAUUUAGAUCGUUGGUCUGUGUAUUACUUGAUAUGUUUGGCUAUGUUUGGAGACAUUGGCAGAUGAUUAAUCCAACAUGUCUUUGUAUGACAGAAUGUGGAAAAACAAAUUUCAACU